CCAUAACUCCAUUUCUCCAUCAUAUCCUUUGUUUUAAUUCUUUCUAGAUUCAUUAAUGGAGUUAAAUUCCCUUUUCUCAUCAUCAGCGCUUCCUCCACUCUCAUUUCCUUACAAAAAAUCGCACACACAGAAAACGAAAUUUCAGAACAGGAAAAGGUGUAGCAGAUCAGGCAUUGCUUUGGCUGCUGGAAGAAGACCAGACUCUUAUGGAGAAAUGCUUGUGGACGAAAGCAUGAUAGUGCUAAGGAAACGCAUACAUGAAAUGAAGAUGAUAGAGAGAAAUUACCAGCCACCGGCGGAGUGGAUGGAGUGGGAGAAGCAAUUCUAUACCCGCUACGACGAAUUUAUCUGCAAGUUUGUGGGACUCGUGCAAUUGCAAUUGAUGAAUACUAGGCCUAGUUUGGCUUUAGGGAUGCUACUGCUUGUUAUGAUGAGUGUCCCUUUAUCUACGGCCACGAUUGCUAUGCAGAUCAUGGAGGCGGCCAGUGGAGCCAUCUCAACCCUUCAUUUGUAGUCUAGUGUGGAAGUUCAUGUUACAUAAAUACUGUUUCUGUUUUAUUUUUAGGACAAGUGCGGGGUUUUGAUUAAUGCACUUGUACGGUAUAGGAUGUGUAUUUGGGUUCAAUCCUGGUUUUGGUUGGAUUAACUCAGAAGUCUUUUUUUUUCUCUCUCUUCUUUCGUGUAGUAUUUGUUUAUGUCAGAGUUAAAUGCAAAUACAAAAUAUUGAAGAUCCAAAUACAAUUUGGUUGACUUUGUUUA